UUAUGGAGGACAAGAAUAAUGAUGCUGAUAAACUGGAUGAAGUCAUGCUUCCAGGGUUCCGGUUUCAUCCAACUGAUGAAGAACUUGUCGGGUUUUAUUUGAAGAGGAAGAUUCAGCAGCGGCCUCUAUCGAUUGAGCUCAUUAAACAACUUGACAUCUAUAAAUACGAUCCCUGGGAUCUCCCAAAGUUGGCAACUACAGGAGAGAAAGAGUGGUAUUUCUACUGUCCUAGAGACAGAAAAUACAGGAACAGUGCACGGCCAAACCGAGUAACAGGAGCUGGGUUUUGGAAAGCCACAGGGACUGAUCGACCAAUUUACUCUUCCGAAGGUACAAAGUGCAUUGGCUUGAAGAAAUCCCUUGUUUUCUACAAAGGUAGAGCAGCCAAAGGUGUCAAAACUGACUGGAUGAUGCAUGAGUUUAGGUUGCCUUCUCUCACCGACUCAGUCCCACCAAAAAGAUUGAUGGACAAAAGCAUUAUUCCUGCCAAUGACUCUUGGGCAAUAUGCAGGAUAUUCAAGAAAACUAACUCUACAGCUCAAAGAGCUCUCUCUCAUUCUUGGGUUUCUUCUUUACCUGAAACAAACGCAUGUGAUCUGCUUCCCAAAUGCUCAUCACGAAAUACUCAGUUUAGUUCCGACCAGAACAUGUCAUUUACAGUACCAAAAACCACUUCAUCAGUUCCCUUCCAGUUUUGCUCUAACAAUGAUAUACAAAACUCUUCCAGCAAUACUGUUUCUCCUACUGAUUUUUUCUCCUAUAAACCCUAUCAGCUUCCCAUUUCUAAUGGAGAUUUUACACCAAACUUCAUAUUUUCGCCUCUCGAAACUUCAUCAGCACCAUCCAAAUCCACAGUGGAUGUCUCUUCCAUGUUGUUAAAUAUGCCUUCGUCUAUGCUUGGAGAUUUCUGUAUCAAGGCCUCUGAGAGUAUAGGGUUUAGUGGAUCUCAGCAGGAACAGUGUGCUGGCUUCUCAAUAGCCUUACCACAAGAGCAGGUUAGCGCUGGGAAUGUAAGUGAAAAUGCGUUGUUUAAGAAUCUGAACAUGAAUGUGGCAGACACAGAAGAUCAUUGGGAGGCUGGCCGAACCAAUAUUGGGUUUCCUUUCGGUUUGCCUUUGCCUUUGAAUACGGUUAUAGGAGAUGCAUGGAAGCCGAACUUGUUGUGGGACUCUUCACCUUGUCCUAGUGAAAUGUCCACAACUAGUUUUUUCACAACCAAAUGCUAUACUUAA